AGGCAGGCUGAGAAACGAGUUAGUUUGCGGGCUUUGAAUAAACCUCCAGCUCAGUCUGGGAGUCUGUCAGUUACCGUUAGCUCUGCUUCAGUCGCCCAGUCAGUUGCUCCUUUACGCCUCCCCCACCUUGGGUGUGCUGUCCCCCCCCCUCCUCCUGUCUUUCAUUGUUUUCUCCAGCGCUGUCCGCUGUUCUCGCCUGUUGCUUCUUCUGCUCCUCCUGCUGCUGCUGUUGCCGCAAACUUAGUCUCUAGUGAAAUUCCUGUGUGAUGGGCUGCUGAACAGCUUUUGGUCGGCUACAAACUGAGCAGCGAGCUGAGUGACUGACAGGACAAGCAGACAUGGGGAAGCAGAACAGUAAGCUCCGUCCCGAGGUGAUGCAGGACCUGCUGGAGAGCACAGACUUCACCGAGCACGAGAUCCAGGAGUGGUACAAGGGCUUCCUGAGGGACUGCCCCAGCGGGAACCUGUCCAUGGAGGAGUUCAAGAAGAUUUACGGAAACUUCUUUCCAUACGGAGACGCUUCCAAGUUUGCCGAGCACGUCUUUCGCACUUUUGACGCCAACGGUGACGGGACGAUAGAUUUCAGGGAGUUUAUCAUCGCGUUAAGUGUGACGUCCCGCGGCAAGCUGGAGCAAAAGCUGAAGUGGGCCUUCAGUAUGUACGACCUGGAUGGGAACGGGUACAUCAGUAAAGCUGAGAUGUUGGAGAUUGUACAGGCGAUAUAUAAGAUGGUCUCGUCUGUGAUGAAGAUGCCUGAGGACGAGUCGACGCCCGAGAAGAGGACGGAGAAGAUCUUCAGGCAGAUGGACACCAACAGAGACGGUAAACUGUCUCUGGAGGAAUUCAUCAAAGGAGCAAAAAGCGACCCGUCUAUUGUCCGCCUGCUGCAGUGCGACCCCAGCAGCGCCGGCCAGUUCUAAACCCGAGGCAGCGCCGCGAUCUUGCUUCUUUGGGUGACUCUACAUGCCUGUAACUCUGCACUAUGGAGUAGACUGAUGAUGAAGAAUGACAAGAUGAAGAUGAAGAAGAAGCCAGGCCUUCAACAUGUAUUGAGGACUUUUUAAAGACGGCCGCAGGAGCCUAAUUCUUCGUUAAUAUUCCCCUCCCUCCCUCUUCUAUGACCCUCUACUCGACCCACCAACUCAACAGAUGUCUGUGUCUGAAAUCCAGGCAAAAUCCUGGAGACCACCAUCACCUCCGGCCCCUUUCUGACUGUAACUCCUCCUCAGUUCUCCUGUAGGCCUGUUAGAGUGGAGACGGUUCACCGUAGGGUGUGUGUAUAUAUGCAGUGUAAACUGGAGUCUCUGUGUCAGUGUCUUUGCUUGGCUCACUGUUCUCUCAAAUCUUCCAGUUAGGCCCACACAGAGCGCCGCGCGUGACAGACUGAGCGCGUGCAGAAGAGAGAGGGAGAGACAGCAGGCGCUGCAGGUGAGCAAGAGAGGACCUGUGAAGUCUGUCCUUCGCUCACGACGAGUCCCCAUUUCAUUUUCUUCUUUUCUACUGUAAGACGUGUUUUUGUUUCGUUCCAGGUUUUUUUUUUUUUUUUUGUAAACUUGAUAGACUGUUUGUUUUAUAUAUCGUGCUGGAACGGACGCGUCGCGUAACAUUAUGCUACUAUGCAUACGCUCCUGGAUCCGUACUUAGACUUUGUGACGAGCGUCCCUCUCCCUGCGUCUGGUCCUCUUGUGUUUUAUUUUGAAAUGACGGAAGUGAGAGCACAGGAAGUGCUGCUGUGCUCCAGCUUCUCACACAACACACUUUAGUCCUAACAGUGUAGAGUAGGUAUUUGUUUAAAGCUCAUUGAGCAGUUCCAUGUAGUCCAGAACGUUCUCUUCCGAACACAGUUGUGGUGAAAUAAUAAUAAUAAAAAUAAUAAUAAUAGAAGAUGUUUAUUUAAAUGUCGCCAGAUAUCAAGCAUGCGGACCAGAUUCUUUUAUUUCGACUAAAAAAGCGAGGCCUCGCGCGCUCUUAACGUGUUUCAUGAAAUGCUGCAUGUAGUCGUCGGGUCUACAGGCGCGUGAACUAACGCCACACGUUUGCAUGUGACUUAAGCGCAUGUGUGUUUAUAACUGUAAAGUUCAUCGACACUCAAACUGGCAGCGGAACGAAACGGCGGGCUGUCGGGUCAAACAUCGAGCGCGUGCCGGCGGACGCGCGUGGGAGGAUUCGCUCGGGUUUUUCCGCCUCCUCGCUCGGCUUCGUGCCGGAGGAGGGAGGGAGAGAGAAAGAGAAGAGAGAGAGAGAGAGAGAGACUGCAGCCCGAGCCGGAUCCGCCCCGCGAAUGUAACCGAGCAACGAGAAGCUUUGAAUGUUCAGAAAAAUGCUAAAGACCAACAGAGAAUCCCAACCACCCCAGCGAUGCUGUCACAAUGUGUCGCUUUUACUGUUUUUUUAAAUAAAUGUACACGAAGAAGCUUUUCUUAUAAAAGGAGAGAGGAAAAAUGAGGUGUAAUAUUUCUGUCAAACAAAUUCGCGAAUUGUGAUCAAGUGCCAAAUGAAAACAAAACAGUAUUGUAUAAAUUUCUACUAUAGAAUGGUUAUAUGUUGAACAAAAAUGUUUGUAAUAGUUGAAUUUUGUAGGUUUUGUAAGGUAUCCUGUAUUUUAGUGACUUGAUGUUUUGAAACACAGGAUUCUCUUAUUUUUUGGUCUAUUAAAAGGCGAGCAUUAAAUCCAUGGCAUACUGCGUGCACGACGUA